CACGCCCUCGGCCAGCACGCUCUCUCACCUACCAAGAAAAACUUGCAACUCCUUCCUCCUUCGCUCCCUCCAUCGAAUCAUCAUCCUCUGUGCAGAGAGCAGCUAGCACGCGGGAGAUGGCGACCAUCGCCGUCCCGACGCCCCUGCCGUCCCCGGCCGCCGACGCGGAGAGCCUCAGGAAUGCCGUGCAAGGCUGGGGCACGGACGAGAAGGCCCUGGUGGAGAUCCUCAGCCGGCGAACCGCCGCGCAGCGCGCCGAGAUCCGCCGGGCCUACGCCAGCCUCUACAAGGAGUCCCUCCUCACCCGCCUCCACGACGAGCUCUCCGGCCACUUCCAGGUACUCGCACCACACCCACAGUCGAUCAAUGGAAGCUUGUAUUACACGGUGAUGAUCUGUGCUGCAGCACGGAUGAUGACGAUGUGCUGCUGCGUUUGUACUCAUUUCAUUUCUGGUGAUAUAAUUAAGAAAGCGAUGGUGCUGCUGGCGACGGACCCGGCGGAGAGGGACGCCAAGCUGGUGAGGGAGGCCCUGGGCAGGCGGGGCGACGACAGGGACGCGUGGGUGCUCAUCGAGGCCGCAUGCGCCGCCACGCCGGAACACCUCGUCGCCGUCCGCCGCGCCUACCGGUCCCUCCAUGGAUCCUCCCUGGAGGAGGACGUCGCCGCCUGCUCCGCGUUCCAAGAACCGCUCAGGAAGCUGCUGGUGAGCCUGGUGAGGUCGUACCGGUGCGCGGAGGAGAGCGUGGACAUGGACGUGGCCAAGCUGGAGGCCGCGCAGCUGGCGGAGGCCGUCAGGAGGAAGAAGCAGCCGCACGGCGGCGAGGUCGUCCGGAUCGUGAGCACCAGGAGCAAGUCGCAACUCGCAGCCACGUUCCGGUGCUACAAGGAACAACAUGGCAGCGACAUCGAAGAGGACAUGAAGCAGUACAGCAGCAGCCAGUUUGCAAGGAUGCUCAAGAUUGCUGUCUGGUGCCUCACAUCUCCUGAAAAGCACUAUGCAGAGGUUAUCAGGUACUCCAUCUUAGGACUUGGAACGGACGAGGACACACUCACCAGGGCAAUCGUGUCCAGGGCCGACAUCGACAUGGAGAAGAUCAAGCAAGAGUACAGGGUCAGAUUCAAGACGACCGUAACAGACGACGUCGUCGGUGAUACCUCGGGGUAUUACAUGGAUAUCUUGUUGGCCUUGGUAGGGAAGGAGUGAAGAUUGAAAGAAUUUUUUUCAUUACUACCACAAGACGAGAAACUAGACCAUACCAUGUUGUUUGUUUGGGAACAUUGUGUCAUCAAAUUGUAAAAGCACAAACCAAAAUAAUUCUACAAUUAUCUUAUGCU